AUGCUUAACCAAGAAGUGGACUACGAUGUUACUGGAAAUGCCCAACACUAUUGCCUGCACUGCGCGAGGUAUUUUGUUGACUUAAGAUCCAUGAAAGAGCACUUCAAAACCAAAAUCCAUAAAAGAAGAUUGAAACAGCUAAGCGAAGAGCCGUACACCCAGGCAGAAGCAGAGAGAGCCGCAGGAAUGGGGUCUUACAUUGCUGCUAAAAAAGUUGAAGUGAAGACCCAGCCGGUUGAAGAAAACAUGGAGUGA